GACCGACCUAAAGGGGCCAGGCGUGGAGUCUGCCAUGUCGCUGUGCCUAUCCCCUAGCUAGCUUUUAGUAUAUGUUCCCCCCAAAUUUAGAGGGCAGUAAAUGACCCAUAUCUUAAAUAGAUAGCUAAAGAGCCAUGGACAUAUUCUGGCAUAAAUGCAGGGUUAAAUGUUACUAGGGUUACAGGCUUUGUUGUUGUUAGCUAGACUGCUAAUUUAGCUAACGUCGUUAGCUAUAUAACUAGCUAUUCAGAGCUAACGAGCGGUGCUAGGUUAGCAAGACAAAUAGCUAGUUAUCUAGACUAGUCAGCAAGACAAAUAGCUAAUUAUCUAGACUAGUUAGCUACCAAGUUGACCAGACAAGAGACCAUUCCGCGAAAGGAGAGAAGUCACGGAGACGUGACGCCAAGGUUCAUCUAAACGAGAAUCUCCUGUCAGAGGGACCACAUGGAGACGGAGAACAUUCCUCACCCUUACGAGGACAACCGAGAUGCAGAGCGCCAGAGUCGUCAGUCCCUCAACAGGAGCACGGCUGGGAAAGGUUCCGAGGCGUCGGUACGAACUCUGAAACGGGACAAGAGUCGGGACGGAGAAAGAGGUGAGAGGGACAGCUGUGCUGGGGACCAGGCUAAGACAAGGACACAGGAAGUGGAUCCAGACCGGGACCGCAUGUCAGACAGAGAGCAUCGGCGGAGCAGCUCUUUCUACUCUGAGGACUACGAGAAUCUAACACCCUCGGAACACACGCUGUCACCCUACUCCCGUACGCCCUCCCCCAGCCCUCGCAGAAAAGGACCUCACGCCAAGAGGGUCUCCAGCAGUCCUCUACACAAAACAGGCGUCCGUCGGGGUGUGUCUCGCCCUCCCCGUGUGGGUGCCCAGCCCCAGCGGGCUCAGCGUUGGGGGGUACGGACCGAGUCCCAGAGCCUGAUCAAGGACACCACGGCACCCCCUAAAGAUCUUGACCUGGUGACCAAGCGCAUGCUGUCGGCCCGCCUGUUGAAGAUCAGCGAGCUACGCAACGCCCUGGCAGAGCUACAGCUCCACACCGACCAGAUAACUAAGGAGAACCGCACCCUCAGACAGCUCCAGCACCGCCAGGAGAGGGCGCUGCAGCGAUACGACGACACGGAGAGUGAGAUCGCCCAGCUGCUGUCGCGCCACGCCAACGAGACCACAGCUCUGCGGGAACGUCUACGGCGGACACAGGAGAGGGAGCGGGACGCUGAGAGGCGACUCAAAGACACACAGUCCCAGCUGCAGCGUAGCCAGUCGUCCCUGGCUCGUCUGAGGCGUCUGGCAGAACAGCAGGAGUUAGGUCCCAGGGAGGAGCUCACCAGGAGACUGGAGCAGGAGAGGGCCAAGGACCAGGAGAACCAGCUAAAGAUCAAGGAUCUGGAGCGCAGAGUGGAACUGAGCAGCAGUAGUUACCAGAGACAGCUAGCUACAGAGAGGAGGAAGACCAUCAGUACCCAGGACCAGGUCUCAGACCUGCAGGAGGAGGUGGAACGACUCAGCAACAAACUCAAGGAGAAAGAGAGGGAACUGGACACUAGGAACAUCUAUGCCAACCGCUUGUUGAAACCAUCGCCCAGGAACACAGACAACACCACAAAGAGGAAAGGCCCCAGUACGUCCAGCUCGAAGGCAGUACAGACAGUGAACGAGAACUUGAGUCUCGACUUCCCAUCACCGCCCCCGGCCGUCACCGAGGGCAACUAUCACUACAACGACCAAGCCCCCGAUGACUACCUGUCACUCAAGCCAGGUGUCUCUAGUACACCUUACAGCUCUAGGGAGGUUGACAUGGCAGAGCGAAGGCCGAAGGAGACUGAGCAGAGAAAGGAGAGAGGGGAGCGAGAGAGGGUACAGAAGGAGAGCGAGAGGGAGAAGCAGAGGAUUGACCUGGAGUUGGACACACUUGAGGAAAAGACCAAGAGACUGAGAGAUG